CGUUGCAGCGUCUGGUCUUGCGAGGUCUUCACCAUCAUGUCUCUCCCUCAGCUCGCGAACAGGAUCAUAGUGCCGGUCGCUAUUGCGGCCGCGGUUGUGCAAGCCAGCAUCUACGAUGUUCCCGGAGGUUACAGGGCAGUUAUGUUCGACCGUUUCUCUGGUGUGAGGAACACGGCGUCGCUUGAGGGCACGCACUUCCUGGUUCCUUGGCUGCAGAAGGCCAUUCUCUACGACUGCCGCAUCAAGCCAAGGAACAUCUCGACCACGACUGGUUCCAAGGAUUUGCAAAUGAUUUCAAUUACCCUUCGUGUCCUCUCACGGCCGGACCUCCAGCACCUCCCCAACAUCUACAAGACUCUCGGCCAGGACUACGACGAGCGUGUUCUCCCCUCCAUCGGCAAUGAAGUUUUGAAGAGCAUUGUCGCGCAGUUCGAUGCUGCAGAACUGAUCACCCAGCGUGAAGUGGUCUCAGCGCGAAUCCGCGAAGACCUCCUUCAGCGCGCGGGAGAGUUCAACAUUGUGCUCGAAGAUGUUUCCAUCACCCAUCUUACGUUCGGGAAGGAAUUCACCCAGGCUGUCGAGGCGAAGCAAAUUGCUCAGCAGGAUGCCGAGCGCGCAAAAUUCAUCGUCGAGAAGGCCGAGCAAGAGCGUCAGGCAGCCGUCAUCCGCGCGGAAGGCGAGGCCGAGGCUGCGGCAACGAUUUCGCGGGCACUGGAGAAGGCUGGCGACGGGUUCAUUGCGUUCAGGAAGAUCGAGGCGAGCAAGGCGAUUGUGCAGUCGCUGACCUCGAAUCCGAACGUGACGUACAUUCCGAGCGGGGGAGGAAAUGUUCUGCUGAAUGUACCUACUGCGCCGGUGUUCCCUCGGAAGUAGUCCGGAUGUAGUACCGGCAGCUUAUGGGAUGUGGUCUCUUUCUUC